AUGCCGGGCCGCGCUCGCUUCCCUUACCGCUCGCCGCCGCCGCCCCUGCCGGACGGAGCGUUGGAGGCCAGGCCGGUCCCGGCCGCCCGCUCGCUCGCUCGCCGCUUUCCCGGCCGGCCGCCCGCCCAGCUGACCAGCCUCGGGACCGGAGUCGGGAGCCGCGCCAGGCAGAAGCUCUCGGGACGCGCCGCGCUCGGCCAUGGCGAAGCGGCCUCGGCUGACGGACCGUGGCGGGGCAGGCGGGCCCGGGCCGAGCCGGAACCGGAGCCGGAGCCGGCCCGCUGGGCUGGGGAGGAUGGCUCGGUCGUGGAUUGCGCCUGCGCUCUGCAGCCUGGGCGUCGUGAGGGGCUGCGCGUGAGUUGUUCAAUAAAUGGCGAUCCAGCACUUUGGCUUCAGCGCCGCUUCGAUCGGCCGCUGCCUCGGACUUUCCCCGCAGGGGGACGUGGAGCGCUCGGCCUCUUGGAUCCACUUCGGGCAGUUUCGGCUUCGAGCAAGCGGAUGUUGGGCCGCGGCAGCCCCGAGGAUGCCCGGGAAGGAGCAUCCCCCACGGACCGGCUAAGCAGAUCCGAGCCGGGACUAGGUGUCCCUGUAGGGGAGCUCGAGGUCACUCCUACCCUCCCCCCGAAUAAGUGUGUUGUGUCUGUUCCUGAAUAGGAUUAUUGCCCAGAACUACACAUGAAUGUAAAUGCAAAUCCUUUUUAAAGAAGAAAGAGUUCGAUUCUGGAUCUUCUGUUUCCUCCCUGCAUUGUGAACUGACUCGAGAACUUUA